AAAUCCCCAUAUGAAUUCAAUAAAUGUUACAAAGAUGUAGACUAAAUGUAGUCUAGAUAUAGCUUAGUGCGGAUUGGAAAUUUAAUAUAGACAUUCCAUAUAGAUUUAUAGAUCUAGAAGAUCUAAUAGGAAAAAUACGUUGGUACGUUUGGCCUAGACUAUAAUAGAUCUAGAUUAUUCUAGAUUAGCAUGCCAUGUGUAAUGUGUACCUACUGAGCUACUCAGCCUACUGUAGAGUGUAGAUACUAGAGUGUAGUCAUAGUGUACAGGAGGAGAAGACUAUGUUGGCUUGAACCUGUCACCUGCAUGCCAGAUAGAAGAAUUCCUUUGGACAUCCUCAAUGCCGAGCUUGCUGAAGGAGUCAGACCCAAGAUGUUCCCAAGGCUGAACUACUGAGAUGUCAGCAAGCGAAAUCUGAGGACUUAAAAUAGGCAUCAAAGAAACAAUGUGGUAGGAAAUCACAAAAUAUCGGACUACAUGGAGACAGCCUUUGCGUGCUGAUGAUCUGUCCUAUCUUUGUUGGCUUCACACACUUCUUGCCACACAAUGGAAUAUGUGAAGAAAAGCAUCCUAGGUCUUGAUCUAAAAUAUGGCUCUGUAGUUUUAUGUUUAUCCUUGACAGUGCUUUUUAGAUUUGGCCUUUCAUCUGAAGCAGGUGUGCCUAAAUUGGUCAAUUUAUUUGUUACUGAACAAAAUGACAUGAGAAUUGAGGUGGACACUGGCACAUCAAGUCCAAGUACUUUAAGUGUUGUCUAUCAAGAUUUUAGUUUGUCAGUCCAACCAUUGUGUACCGUCAACUGUAGUGGCGGUGAUACCUGCUUGUGUGAAUUUGACAACACUGACCCAUACUUUAUAAUAUCCGCACAUAAUGUCACAUUAAUAAUCAACGUUUCAAAGUCUGACUCGGCUGAAUCUCAGCAAGUGAAACAAGAAGUUUGUCUCAUGGAUUAUGUUAUACCAGGUUGUGUGAAAGAGUUGUCAACUCUAAAUAUAAGUGCUGUUGAAGCCGUGAUCCAAUUUCGUCCAUCCAAGGAAACUGCAAGACUGAUUAAUUUAAUGGAUAAAAAUAAAAAAUUCCUCUAUUCUUUGGAGCUAUGGGCCUCAGAUGAUAGUCUUCAGUUACUUACGAUGAGUUUGGUUAAGGAUUAUUUGUUUGAUGUUGAUUUGUUCGAACUUGACUUUGAUCUUCAAUAUGCAUCCAUUACGUUUGACAGUUUAACAGAAUCUACUCACUACACUCUACUGGUGACAGGAAUUGUGGCCAACAGAAAAGGGUGUACACAAUAUUUAAAUUUUACAACUCUGUUAUUAGCUCCAUCAUCACCCCCUCAGCUAGAUAUGUUUACAUAUUCCAGAUUUAAUGAUCAAACUGGCAUGUCUUCAUUGUGGCUGAUGUGGAAGCCUGAGGUGACAAAUGGAAUCAAAUAUCAUGUAGAAAUCAGUUCAGACAGUGAACCAAGUAUGUAUCUUAAUGUGACUACAAACUACAUCCUGCAAGCGAAUCUACCACCAAAAGAAUUAGUUGUUGAAAUCUGGUCUCUGAAUGAUAUUGGUCAGUCUCAGAAUGCCUCACAGAUUCUGAUCCCAUUUACUCAAGAUAAUUUUACAUACAAUGUCGUCAUAGAAAUUUUGAAUGACAGCCAUGCAUUUGUAUAUGCUAAUUUCUCCAACCAAGAGAGUAUUCAAGACAUUGCUUUUCAUGUUUGUGAGAGUGAAGAUACAAAUCAAAAGAUUGACGUCUGCUUAGACUAUCCCUACACUAAAAUGUUGAACAAGACGAGGCCGUUUCAAAACCUACUUCAAGUCUUGUUCUUCAUUGUUGUCUCUACCAAGCUACCAGAAUCAAUCACAUUAGAACAAAAUGUCACAUACGUCCAAUAUUUAGAUAAAAGACUGAUAUAUAAAGAAACUGUUGUUGUAGCCAAUGUGACACUCAAUGCUCAAACUCAACCAAUGAAUCUGAGUAAUUCAGACAUUUUAUUUCAUCUUAGAGAUUCUCAUACUGAAGACCAACGUAGAAAGAGAUCAUCUGAUGGCCAUCAUCUUAGAGAUACUCAUACAGAAGACCAACAUAGAAAGAGAUCAUCUGAUGGCCAUCAUCUUAGAGAUACUCAUACAGAAGACCAACAUAGAAAGAGAUCAUCUGAUGGCCAUCAUCUUAGAGACACUCAUACAGAAGACCAACGUAGAAAGAGAUCAUCUGAUGGCCAUCAUCUUAGAGAUACUCAUACAGAAGACCAACAUAGAAAGAGAUCAUCUGAUAGCUAUCAUCUUAGAGACACUCAUACAGAAGACCAACAUAGAAAAAGAUCAUUUGAUAGCUAUCAUCUUAGAGACACUCAUACAGAAGACCAACGUAGAAAGAGAUCAUCUGAUAGUAAUCCCCAAUCAAAUUUUUUAUCUUUGUCUAGUUUAGGAGCUUCAUCAAAGUUCUACAUUUCUAUCAAAUCUGAAGGAUUCUGGCAGGGAAUGAAAAAAAGUCAAUGUUAUUUUAGCAGACAAUUGGAUGUUGCCAAUGUGAUAGUUCAUAAUGAGAAUGGCUUCUUAACGAUCAGUCAGAAAUGUGAUCCUACGAUGCCUAAACAGUUCCUUGUUCGUUUUUAUGAAAUCUAUUCAGCGCCCAACAAUGUAUGUGGCACAGAUGAAAGACAGUUAUUGGCUACUCUGGACAAUAGUAUUUUUGGUGUUAAUAUCUUCAAACUGCCUUCUGAGUGGACUUUCAUUUGUGUCAUUUCUAUUGGUGACUCUGCAAAUAAUCUUCAAGUGGUAGAAAAUCCUUUUUCACCAGAAUCCACAUUCUCUACAAAAGUUAUUAUCAUAAUUGUGGUUUGUAUUGUCAUGGUUUGUAUACCGAUAUUCAUAAUGAUUGGCUGGUUGAUUUAUAAAUGUAUACAUAGAAAAAAAUAUUUUGAUGAGAUGGUUACGACUUCUGACUUUCAAGACUACACAAGUGAAGGAAUGGAACAAGGCUCGAAUGAAAGUGAACAAGGAGGUAGUGAUAGUUCUAACAGAGACACUAGUUCACCAAGUGAUCUUGAAACUUACCAAAAUGAAAAACAAUGGGAAAGGAAGGUGCCAACUCCAAAUGUAUACAACUCUUUACCACACGCAAGUCAUGAUACAGAGAACAUAUCACCCUUGAGUCAAACUUCUGUUGACAGUCAUAAUACCAAGGAAGUAUUAGAAUGCCAUAGUCAUAACACAUAUGAUAAUAUAUCCAUACAGAUAAACAGUAUUGCACUUGCUGAUAUUGUAUAGUGUGUUGUUGAAACCUAUGCCAGUGACUUGGUUACAACUAAUGGCAAUAACACAUCUUCUGCCAUUGACACAUAACAAUCAAAUCUAAUGACAGUAAAACUGAUGACAGUGAUACACUUGGUAUAUCAUAUGUAUCAUAUUACUUUUGUUUCACACACAAAAUAAAAUGUUAUUCAGGUAUUAAAAAUACCCUGUUGAUAGCCAAGAUUAUUUUUUAAAUGUUGAAAAAAAAAAGGUUAUUACGUUUAGUUUUUUAUAAAUUUUUGACUUGAUGUCCAGAUUUAUAUAAUGUUUAGACUCAAUGUCCAGUUUUAAAUAAUGUCUAUAGACAAACGCUCAGUUUAAAUUAGGUGUAGAGAUUAACUAGAUACGAUUGAAAGGCGAUGAUUUUUUAAAAUGCUUUACUAGGCAUUAUUCCAUGGUUGAGUCUCAGGUACAGUGGAUUCUGGUUAAUCAGAUUACACUGGGGCAUGAUCAUAUUGGUCCUAAUAAUGAUAUUCUUUUUUGAAGUAAUGUCUGUAUUAUAUAAAAUAAGAUAAUAAUCAGCUGGUCUAACUACCUGAACCACAAACAUGUCUUGUGCUAGGAGAUAUGCUAUACCUAACAUUUAAAAAAUGUCAUAUCUUACUACAUUUAUUGUCCAACAAACAUUCAGACUGUGCAUUAAAAACUUUAUUUUUAGUGUUGCCCCCUAGAGCAAGUGGUGAAAACAUUCCAGACACCACUAUGGAUGGAUUUAGGACUGGGGAAUCACUCACUCUUAAGGGCAGCAUAUCAUCUACUAAAGUAGAAUAGGGCAGGCCGGUUUUCGGCCAACUCACUUAGGAACGGCUCAAAUUCUGCCUGCCUCUAGGAUGGCAGCUGAUCAUUUUCAGCAAUUUCUCAAUACCUCAUCAGGCACAGUCACUACUUCAUAAGAAUGUACCAGAGAUCAAACAACUGCUGCAGCAAAGCUCUGCACCAGUCAAGCCUGCAGAGGCAGGCCAAGAAAUGUUAAAGGACAAACUUACUGUUCCCCAUGGAGACCUGAGUGCACUUUGUAAAAUCUCAGGGAUAUGUCCAAAGCUUAAAGAGGGAUUUGAGCUUCCGUAGCACUAACUUACUUUCAUAAGAAUUAUAUAAGAUAAGAUAAUAAUCAUGACUAGGACUCACAACAGAAAUGAAAUGUGAUUUCUUUAAUGAAAAAGAAUGUUCUUAUAGCUUGGUCAUAGUAAUGUUUGUAAAAUGUCUGUCAAAUGUUUCCCAUGUUUCGGAUGUUCAUUCAGAGUUGAAGGUAAUUUACUUCCUAGUCCAAACCUCCCGCAGGACGACUGGCGAGGGAGCGGGCAGGGUUUGAACCCGCAACCACCAGAAAAAUCCAAACGACAGUUCAGCGCACAAACCGCACGACCAGGCAGCCAUCCUAAUCUGGAGGGACUCUUGCUAAUGGUACCAGACACUCUUUUGUUUUCUCGACACUUACAUUGUUUAAAAAAAAUAAGGGAGGGAGGGGGAGAUGCGGAGCAAUCAAAUAGUCAUGCCGCAAGACACUAAGUGGACAAUUGGUAGAUUCUUUGUUCUGGUUUGCUCUUCAGUUUUGACUAAGACUAAAGCUGCUGUACUGAUACUAAAGUUUUGACUAAGACUAAAGCUGCUGUACUGAUACUAAAGUUUUGACUAAGACUAAAGCUGCUGUACUGAUACUAAAGUUUUGACUAAGACUAAAGCUGCUGAACUGAUACUAAAGUUUUGACUAAGACUAAAGCUGCUGUACUGAUACUAAAGUUUUGACUAAGACCAAAGCUGCUGUACUGAUACUUCAGUUUUGACUAAGACUAAAGCUGCUGUACUGAUACUUCAGUUUUGACUAAGACUACAGCUGCUGUACUGAUACUUCAGUUUUGACUAAGACUAAAGCUGCUGUACUGAUAUUAAAGUUUUGACUAAGACUAAAGCUGCUGUACUGAUACUUAAUUUUUGACUAAGACUAAAGCUGCUGUACUGAUAUUAAAGUUUUGACUAAGACUAAAGCUGCUGUACUGAUACUUAAUUUUUGACUAAGACUAAAGCUGCUGUACUGAUACUAAAGUUUUGACUAAGACUAAAGCUGCUGUACUGAUAUUAAAGUUUUGACUAAGACUAAAGCUGCUGUACUGAUAUUUAAGUGUUUGACUAAGACUAAAGCUGCUGUACUGAUACUUAUUGGAUAUUUCGUGUGAUUGCAUGGAGGACUCUUUUUAAAAUUAAAAUAACAUUCAGUCUAAAAAGUUGUCAAUGCUCCAGUCUGUCAAACUUUGUUGCUCAGUUUUACCUUCUGAAAUAUGAGAAACUAGGUGAUGAUAACUUUUUAACAAAUUGGGAACAUUGGAUACGAAAUUUUAGAACCAUUUCUUGUACGUAGGGGCUGACAUUUCAGCUACUCAGGUUGUUGAUCAUUAGAUGCGGCUGUAUGGUGUUGAAAGCCAAGGACAAAUCUUUAAACAGCACUUGUGCUUACGUUUUGGGUUUGGGUUUAUUAAGAUGCAUAUAGAGCUUGACAUAUAGCAAUAGAAUUGCAUCUUCAGUUUUCCUGUUUUAUCAGAUUAUUCAUUGUUAUUAAUUUUUGUUGACGGUGUUUCGCAUAUUUAGUCUGAUUAAAUAAAAUUAAAGUCCAUGUAAGUGGAACACCAUCACCUGUAAGUAUAUGUAAUAAAAUUGGGUUUUGGUGCUUUUAUGAUUCAAUCUGAAUUACUGCUGUUCUAACUGAUGGUUAGAUUUAUUAAGACUGUGCCAUAUUUUACUUUCAGGAUUUUCUGGAAUAAAGUUUUCUGUUGAUGAUUUAAAAAGUAUUUUCAGAUAUAUGCAACUCUUAUGAUCUUGUUAAAGUAAAUUUGAUGUUUUAUUAUAUAUACACUUUAUUGUUUUAACAGUGGCAUAGCUAGGAAUUUGCCAUCAUUUGGAAGCCCGGGGGGCUUGACCUCUUUGGGGGCCCCUGCAUUUUGUGUAAUAUUUAAUAUUUAAUGUAAAAAACAAUUUCUAACACUCAUUUGGGGGGCCACCCUCAGGUGGGGGCCCCGGGGGGGCUUUUCAAAUUUUCUCCCCCCCCUCCCCCAACCCACCCUAGCUAGGUCACUGUGUUUUUUAAAGAAGAAAGCAUGACAUGUUUUUUUGUUGUUAUUGUUGACCUUUUUGUCUUAGUCCUAGCACAGAGCACUGAGCUAUUCUUAUUAUUAUUCAUGUUUCAUGUGUAUACUUUUACUUUUAGAAAUGCCAUUUAAAAAGUAAGUUUCAAAACUAGGUCAUAAUGUUUAAUAUUUUCACUUGUAACAGAGUUUUAGCACAAAUAAAAUAGUCAAUUUUUUAUUAUUAUUUUUAAAACAUUGUCCAAAAAAAACGACAAAAAAAACACUUCUGAAAAAUUUCUUAUAAAUUUAAUUUUGGGGUCAGGUUAGAAAAACAUUGAUAUAUGUUGACACCCAAUGUCAAAUCAUUGUGAUGAAAAGAUUUAUAAAACAAAUUUACACCUGUUUAAAUUUCUUCUGUAAAGCAGUCAUGUAUUGGGGCAAGGUGGCUGAGUGGUAAAGUGCUUAGCUUCCAAUCUGAGGGGCCCUGGGUUCAAAUUUCUGUGAAGACUGGGAUUUUGAAUUUUGGGAUUUUCUGAUACCUUCAAGUCCAUCCAACUCUAAUGGGUACCUGACAUUAGUUAGGGAAAGUAAAGGUGGUCGGUCAAUGUGCUGGCCACCUGACGCCCUCUUUAACCUUUUGGCCAAAGAAACAGAUGACUUUUACAUCAUCUGCUCAACAGAUUUCAAGGUCUGAAAGGGGAACUUUAAUUUUUUACUUGCUUUGUCAUGUAUUAUAUGUGUAGAUUAUAUUCUACAACUAUAUUUUUAUUUGUUAUUAACACUUAAAAAAAAUAUAUCUUUUGUAAAUAUAUUAAUUUGGUAACAAAUUUGUUUGAAUUUUUGUUAUUGCCUCACAUUUUUUUUCACUGAUUCAAUUUGAACAUUACCUAUAAUUUUUUUUACACUAGACUUUUUUACACCAUGAUCACUUCCCUUUCUUUUUUUUUAAUAAAUGACUUUUUCAAAUGAUGUUUUUUUACUCCUGGACUGAGGAUUACAUCUCCUUUCAGGAACGUUUACAAAUAAGGAAUAUAAAGAAGACUUGAGUUUCUGUAAUCAUUGUAUACUUUGAUUCAGAAAUGCGUUGUGUAUUUUGAUUUGAAUGACUUUCUUGCCUUUGAACCUUGAUUUUUCUUGAUAUAUUUUGAACUUUGUUUUUGGUUGCACACUGUAAAAGUGAAAAAUUAAUUACUCUCUAAAUUGUUUUCUUUUACAACAAGGUCAAGGCUAAAUCUUAAACAGGCAUUAGUCUAUUAUGUAUUGCCUGGCUGUAUGGUGUGCUGUUAGUAGUUUCAAAUUUGUUUCCACCCUUCAUAGUAUACUGCAGACCAGUAUAAGAAGUCACACCAUGAAACUGAUGCUAGCAUUUACUAUCAAAAGGUUUGAAUUCUACUGUAAGAUUUUUACCACAGAAUUCAGUGUCCAACUUUCAAAACCAUUUGAGAGUACAGAGACCAGUAUAAGAAGUCACACUAUGAAACUGAUGUUAGCAUUUACUAUCAAAAGGUUUGAAUUCUACUGUAAGAUUUUUGCCACAGAAUUCAGUGUCCAACUUUCAGAACCAUUUGAGAGUACAGAGACCAGUAUAAGAAGUCACACUAUGAAACUGAUGUUAGCAUUUACUAUCAAAAGGUUUGAAUUCUACUGUAAGAUUUUUGCCACAGAAUUCAGUGUCCAACUUUCAGAACCAUUUGAGAGUACAGAGACCAGUAUAAGAAGUCACACUAUGAAACUGAUGUUAGCAUUUACUAUCAAAAGGUUUGAAUUCUACUGUAAGAUUUUUGCCACAGAAUUCAGUGUCCAACUUUCACAACCAUUGAAGAGGAGAAUAGUUUUAAUUUGACUUGGAAGCUGAUUUUUCUCUUUCAGAUUUUACAGUUUGCAAACUUAAACGGGUUUUUAUCUCUUUUAUUGAUCCUCCACAUAGAUACGUAUUUAAAUGAGCCAACUUGUAAUAUUUGACCAUUCAACUGUAUACAACAUCUUGUACUAUCUCCACACAAACUAGUAUUUUGCUUUUUUCAGCACUGAUUCUCAUGCCGUAGCUGCAGUAAGCCAUUUUAUAACAGCCAUUUAUCUGUUUAAAUUUGCAGAUUUAUGAAACCACAUUCUUUCUUCAUAUUUAUAAAAAUUGCUUUUCCCAUCCAUUGUUACUCAAACAUUCAAUUGAUGCCAACAUAUGUUUUAUACCAAGUAUUUAUCUGUUGUUAUUUUUAUUUUAUUUUGAAUAAAAAGUAUUACAAAUACA